UCUUGUUCUAGAAGAAGUCAGAAAAGACCGACGAAACAAUUAUGAGAUCCAAAAAAAACAACCACGGCGAAAUGACGGCCGUGACUCUAUAAAUCCCGGACCAUUGACGCUUUUCUUCAUCACCUUGAAAGCCGUUGAUCCAGUCCAUUCCGUGCUCCUUCUUCUUCUUAAUUUCUUCUAGCUGUUUUUUCUCUGAAGCAUCAGUCAGUCAUUUUUAACAUUACUUUUCUUUUGUGUUUCAAACUCGUACAAUUCUUACAAUUAUUUUCUAAUCUGAACGUACGCUCUGAAAUCAUUCUUUUCAAGCUGCUGAUCGAGUCGUAAUUGGUGACUGAUCUCAUUGCUAUUUAUUUGCUUAGCCUUUUGCUCCUUUUUGAAGACUCUGUCUGUUGCCACUUCUUUAUUGUUCCAAGCUCUUGCAUUGCAUGAAGUUUCUGCAAAUUUGAAUUCAUUUUCUAGUUGAUUAGUGAUGUCAUCUCUGGUAGCAAGAACCGGAAGACAAAGACAAAGAUAUCAAGAUCAGCUCAGGCUUGUUUCUGGGUGCAUUCCUUACAGGUUUCAGAAGAAUGCUGAUGAUCAAAAUUGCAACAUGGAAAACAAUGUUCUUGUGCUAAUGAUCUCGACGCCAAAUCGCAAUGAUCUUGUGUUUCCAAAGGGUGGAUGGGAGGAUGAUGAGACCAUUGCCGAAGCUGCUUGUCGCGAGGCCUGGGAGGAAGCCGGUGUCAAAGGAAUUAUUAGUAAAAAUCCUCUUGGAGUUUGGGAGUUUAGAAGCAAGAGUAGCCAAAACAGCUGCAGCAAUGAAGGAGGAUGUAGAGGUUACAUGUUUGCAUUGGAGGUCACCGAAGAGUUUCAGACAUGGCCAGAGCAAGCCAAUCAUCAAAGGAAAUGGCUCUUAGUAGAGGAAGCAUUCAAAUUUUGCCGGUACGAUUGGAUGAGGGAUGCUCUCAAGAAGUUUCUGAAAACAUUCACAGCAAACAAGACACAAGGAACAAAUGAAAUAGUAGCUGAGCUUCCGACAAUCCCGGUUUCCGGCACUGGAUCCGAUUGCAAAAUGUUGUUGCCGAGCUGCUCCCAGAAGCCUUCUGGGCUACAACACCUUGAGGAUUCUUGUACAAAAUGUGUUCUUCAAGUGUAACAUACAUGUGUGAUCGUAUUCAUGAGACCUAUUCAAUUUCUUGGAGAAAAGUAGCUUCUUGACAAAACUACUAAUUUAAUUUGUUGUCCACUUUUCUCAGUAAGGUUGUAAAUUAUGAAAGCUGAAACACAAGGGCUAAACCAAAUUUGGAUUUGCUUGAGGAAGCAUUUGAAAUGUUGCCCUUCAUUUUGAUUUUGUGAAAUUGCAUUCUACUAUUCAUUUAUCGUUA